ACAAGGGACAACGCAUAUAUAUAUAUAUAUACAACUGAAGAUGUCUGGACGUGGUAAAGGAGGAAAGGCGAAGAGUGGCAAGAGCCAAACCCGCUCAUCAAGGGCUGGGUUACAGUUUCCUGUAGGCCGUAUCCACAGAUUUCUGAGAAAGGGAAACUACUCUAACCGUGUCGGUGCCGGAGCUCCCGUUUACCUGGCCGCUGUGAUGGAAUACUUGACCGCUGAGGUGUUGGAGCUGGCUGGAAACGCUGCCCGAGACAACAAAAGGAGGACCAUCAUCCCUCGUCAUCUGCUGCUGGCCGUUCGUAACGACGAGGAGUUGAACAGGCUGCUGUCCGGAGUGGCCAUUGCCAAAGGAGGAGUUCUGCCAAACAUCCAGUCUGUUCUUCUGCCCAAGAAGUCCAAGAAAUCUCAAGAUGAUGACAGAAUACAUGAACAAGUUGCCAGUUAUUGGCACAGAAUAUCGAAGGAGCAACUAUCCCCCACCGGCAAGACAAGUUUCUAAACUGACUAAAGACCAGCAAAUUUCCAACACGGGUGUAAAGCUUUCCUUUUGUCUUCCACCGGUGGCCAAACCAAGAAGAAAUGAAGACUUCAGACAGAAGACCUUCAACGUCAAACAUGACAUAGUUGACACAACUAUCAGCCUUCCGAGAACCCAUGUCACAUCAAAACCCUCAAUGCAGCAGACAG